ACGGAGUCAACUCAACCCGAUCGAAUGGCAUCAGCAGUCCCGCCACAACUAAGGCCGUUGUUUCGCCAUCCCUCGUGUCUCGGAACCCUCGACGUAGGUGGACCACUCAGAUGAACAACAAUGCUUAUUGUACUCCUAGAUUCGCCCAUUUCCAUCAUCCUCACUAUCAUCCUGCUUAUCCUCUUCUUUCGCUUUGCCUUACUGUUCUUCUUCCUCGUCCUCCUCUUUAUUCUCUGCUCCGACCUCAUUCACCUCAUUUUCGACAUUCUCUGCCCCUCAUGACCAAUCCUCAGGCCGCGACAGAGGAUUCCACCCAGCCCUCAACCAGAACGGUGAGGGUUGUGGUGAAGGGGAGGGUGCAGGGGGUGUUCUACAGGAACUGGACAGUGGAGAAUGCGGUCCAAUUGGGGCUGAAAGGUUGGGUGCGGAACAAGAGGGAUGGCUCUGUUGAAGCUCUGUUCUCUGGGAACCCCGAUACCGUUCAGGAGAUGGAGCAAAGGUGUCGUCGGGGCCCACCAGAUGCAAUGGUUACUGGGCUCCAGGUUUUUCCUACCAGCGAUGAUCCUGGCUCUGGAUUUGAGCGCAAACGAACAGAGUGAUCAACCUUUGUAACAACAUUGUACCAAUUGCUCUGCUAGUAUGUAUAUAAUAGUCUUUUCUCUGUAUAAAGAUUAUGUAGCAAUGACUUGCUUUGGUAAACAUAUAUGAUAUCAUCGUGAAUCGGUGGUUAUAUUGC